AUGGACCGGAGUCUAGCUCAGCCGGCGAGGAACAACGGUCAAGGCGAGGAGGCUUAUCACCAAAACAGAAAGUUUCAAAGCCAGCUCAUUGAGACUGAUGCCGGAAAAAGGCGGUUACCUGUGGCUCAAAAAGCUGGGGAUAUGUCGAAAUGCGACCCUUUCCGCUCAAAGACUGAAUUUAAAGGCAAGAAACAGAAAAGAUCACAGGGUUCAUCACAUUAUCGGCCGAAAGCACCAACGGAACUAACGCCUCUUCCUCCUCUGAGAGAUGCUCCAGCAAACGAACAACAGGAGCUUUUCAUCAAAAAGCUUCAACAAUGUUGUGUUGUUUUUGACUUUUCUGACGCUCUUACGGACACUCAAAGUAAAGAAAUUAAGAGAACAUGUCUGAGUGAACUGGUGGAGUAUGUCACCGUUACUCGAGGCGUUUUAAAUGAAAAUACCUACCAGGAUAUCAUUAGGAUGGUGAGUUAUAUGCUCGUCUCGAUUGCAUGUAAUAUAUUUCGAACUCUGCCUCCAUCUGAUAAUCCUGACUUCGAUCCUGAAGAGGACGACCCCGUUCUUGAUUCUGCCUGGCCUCAUCUUCUUUAUGUUUAUGAAUUCUUUCUUCACGUUCUUGAGUCCACGGAGUUCCAGCCUAGCAUUGCCAAGCGCUACAUCGACCACAAAUUCGUGCUACAACUACUGGAGCUUUUUGACAGCGAGGACCCCAGGGAACGCGACCUUCUCAAGACUGUUGUACACCGCAUUUACGGGAAGUUUCUCGGUCUACGGUCUUUCAUCAGGAAGCAGAUCAAUAAUAUCUUCCUACGCUUCAUUUAUGAAACGGAACAAUUUAAUGGAGUUGGUGAAUUGCUUGAAAUUCUUGGGAGCAUUAUUAACGGGUUCGCUCUUCCGCUUAAGUCAGAGCACACACGAUUUCUCAUAAAAGUUCUCAUUCCGCUUCACAAGGCGAAGUCCUUGGGGAUGUUUCACGCUCAACUGGCGUACUGCGUGGUGCAGUUUCUUGAGAAGGAUUAUAGUCUCACAGAAGAGGUCGUUAAAGGGCUACUCAAAUUCUGGCCCAAAACAUACUCUCAAAAGGAGGUUAUGUUUCUCGGCGAAAUUGAAGAGAUUCUUGAUAUAAUUGAUCCGACGCAAUUUAAGAAGAUUAUGGUGCCUCUCUUCCGUCAGAUCGCGAAAUCCGUCUCCAGUUCACACUUUCAGGUACACAAUUCUGAUGCCUUGUCUUACUUCUGUGAAAUCUUUUUUAAAGCUUUUUGUUCACUUUCGCCAAUAGUGGUGGCGGAGCGAGCUUUGUACUACUGGAACAAUGAAUAUCUUGUAUCUCUUAUUGAGGAAAACAAUGAAGUUCUUCUGCCUAUUCUUUUCCCCUCUUUCUACCGGAUAUCACGAGAGCACUGGAAUCAGACUAUCGUCGCAUUAGUUUUUAAUGUUCUCAAAACAUUUAUGGAGAUGAAUCCCGUUCUCUUCGAUGAAUUGACCAAAAACUACAAGACUGAACGACAAAAGGAGAGGCGCCGGGAGAAGGAAAGAGAUGAUCUUUGGAGGAGGUUGGAGCAGCUCAACUUAUCUGGUUCUGGCGAUGACAAUAGCGGAGUGCCAUCUUCUGCACCUAUUGACGGUCUUGGUGGUAGCAGUGCUAGUGGAGGCGGUGAGGACGGUGUUGAACAAGCCGAAACUACCAAACCCGCUGCCGGUGAUCUUCCAUCGAAUAACUCAUCCUCGAUUCUCUCUCCAGCUGCAACCGCUCCUCCCACAAAACUUGAUGUUUCUAGAAAAAAUUGCAUGGAUUCUCGGCGCAAGUUUACGGUUGUAGUUCUUGGAAGUGGCGGGGUUGGUAAAAGUGCCCUAGUUGUUAAGUUUGUCUGUGGCAAAUUCGUCGAUAAAUAUGACCCGACAAUCGAAGAUUUUUAUCAAAAGGAAGUCAGUUUUGCAGGUUUACCGAAGGUUCUACGUAUCUUAGAUACAGCUGGAACUUCUCAAUUUUCUUCGCUUCACGAUUUGUACAUAAAAAAUGGUGAUGGAUUUCUUAUUGUCUAUAAUUUGGUUAACCGUCAAAGCUUUAACGAUAUCCGUAAUAUGCGGGAAAACAUCCUCCGUGUUAAAGGUCUCCCUUCCAGUGGAUUUGUGCCUCUUGUUCUUGUUGGCACAAAGUCGGACCUCUUUAAAGAAACAGAUGACAAGUCUUAUAUUCUUCGUGAUCCCAUUAAUCUGGCAAAUGAAUGGCAUUGUCCUCACAUUGAAACUUCGGCACGCAACAAUGUAGGUGUGGAAGCUGUUUUUCUCGAGCUUCUUUCCCAGACCAUGGAAACCUACCGGUGCGUCUUGCAACUAAAAGCAUUCCUCAUAAUUAAUGACUUCCUCGUGAAAGACUCGGAAUAUAGCUAA